AUUGGAUAGGGCUUAUGAAUCAGUUUUUCGCAGCAUUUUAACAGACUUAGGAGACUCCCGGUGGCUUAUCUUCAAAAAAGGAAAAGAGGUCAAGCAUUAUUAUCGGACGUGUGUUAACGAUUUUCGUAAAAGUGGUCCCAUUCCAUUCAAAAAUUGAGGCCCACUAAGGGGGUAACAAGCCUCACCUUUACUGCUAAACCUCACAAAUUUGGCAGCGUCACUUGUUUUACUGUAUUUCUUUUAUCAUGGAAAGUUGGAGUUUUUUUAAAGUGUCAUUGGAUUGGAUUAAUAAAAUAAGGCAACGCAAUACUUGGGCGAUUUGCCGAAAAAGGACUUUCUAUGGAGAUCGCAUCAUGACUGCUGAAAUGAGUGCAAAUCAAGUUAAAAUCGAGCCUCAUAAAGAAUUGGUAUGGAAAAACGUGAUACUUCUGACAUUUUUACACGUGGCUUCGCUUUAUUCGCUAUACUUAACAUUGUUUCGAAGUCAGUGGAAGACUAUCAUUUUUGCCGUUCUUUAUGGAAUGAUUGCGGGUUUAGGAAUCACAGCCGGUGCUCACAGACUAUGGUGCCAUAGAUCAUACAAAGCUACUUUACCACUUCGAAUCUUGCUGUGUAUAUUUAACUGUAUGGCCGUACAGACGGAUAUAUACGAUUGGUGCAGAGAUCAUCGAGUACACCAUAAAUUCUCCGAAACAGAUGCCGAUCCUCACAAUUCCAAUCGAGGAUUCUUUUUCUCACACAUAGGAUGGUUAUUUUAUAAGAAGCAUCCUGAUGUUCUGACCAAAGGGAAAACUGUCGAUCUGAGCGAUCUCCUAGCAGAUCCCGUUGUCAGAUUUCAAAGAAAGUUUUAUAUCCCGUUAUCAAUUGUAUUUGGAUUUUUGAUAUCUACCUUCAUACCUUAUCGAUUUUGGAACGAAGAAUUAAUAACUGCUUUUUUUGUGGCUAGUAUUGGAAGAUAUACUUUUCUGUUACACAGUACUUGGGCUGUAAACAGUCUAGCACAUCUUUACGGGUACCGACCUUACGAUAAAAAAAUCAACGCCAGGGAAAAUUGGUUUGUCACUUUAUUUGCUUUAGGCGAAGGAUUCCAUAACUAUCACCAUACUUUCCCUUGGGAUUAUUCAACAAGUGAAUUUGGAAAGUUAUUCAAUUUUAGUACAGCUUUUAUAGACUUGAUGGCAUGGUUAGGUUUUGCGUAUAAUUUAAAACAUGCUUCAGGAAAUAUGAUCAAAAAUGUUAAAGAAAAUAGAGGUAAAACUAGAGAAAAAGAAUAUUGAAACGACUCGAAAAUACCAAAUUAUACGGAAUUUCGUUUUUUGUUAUCCAGUUAUUGUUAGAUACAUAAUGGAAAUUAAAGAAAUCGUAACAGUUAAAGAAUAUAUUAUUUCUUAUAUUAUAUACAGUAGAAUAAAUAUUUAACUGAUAUUAAGUCGUAGAGUUAAUUUUUUUUUAAAUUUUCCGCCCUGUAGGCACUAAGAAGGCCUUUUACGGCAAGCCCAUUAUGGAUUCGGCCAGGCCUACAGCGGGGUUCAACUUGCUGUAUCCAGAGAGACUACCUCAUUAAAAUUCCUGGGGUCUUUCAAUCUGUCUGGAUUCCACAGCGAGCUGGACUGCCACCCUAUCCGCUAGUAUUUUAAAGGAGUACAAAAUAUUAAAUCCUCAAUUUUCCAAACUUUAAAUGGAUUUUUAAAAGAAUUUAUAAUAAUAUUCAUAAGAUAAAUAUCACAUAAAUAUUUAUA